AUGGAAAUCGCCGUGAAGUUGCUCAUGACGGUGGUGACUAUAGUCAUCACCGCUUGGGUACUCACAGGACGUCUCCGCCAGACCCCCAAGAAACAACCACAGUCUGAAACCUGGACCUUGCGAGUUGACGAUAUUCCCACCAACGAAGCUGGAGAUUUCCACAGUAAUCUACAGACCAUUAUCGACCGGGACCAGAAAUUGAAAGACGCCGUUCCUGCUCUAUUCCGCUGCAACUCUAUCACGCCGCGAGAUGAUCGCUCCAGCUGUGCUACGGUUUCAAUCACUUCGUCUCUCUCUGCUGAAGAGCUAUGCACCUUGCUGGAAAGAGCUCCUAGCAAGCACUGCUACACCUUUUCAUGCACAUUUGAUGGCAUCACCCCGCUCUACGAGGAUCCAAGCCGCGUAGAUAUUGACAUCAUCGUAAUUCCUGGCCUCGGAUGCAACGCAAUCGGUUCAUGGAGAAAUAGCAAGACCAAUAAGAUCUGGAUCCGUGAUUUCUUACCCCAGGACUUACCCAAUAUCAGAGUUCUGCUUUAUGGAUACGAUACUACGCUGCCGGGCAGCCAUUCCAAACAAUCUAUCGCUGAUCUGGGCAAUUCUCUUAUGGAAACAGUCACUGCUUUUCGGUCUAAGACUCAAACUCUCCGCCGUCCGAUCAUUUUCAUCGGUCAUAGUCUGGGUGGCCUUUUGAUUAAAGAGGCACUUCUCCUCUCCCGAAGAAAAUUUGGGGAGACAAAAACUACCAUCUCUCGAGCUACCUUUGGGAUCCUUUUCUUCGGCGUGCCUAAUCAUGGCCUUCGGAACGAGCAGCUGCGAACACUUGUCGACGGUCAACCUAACAAAGCUUUUAUCAACGAUCUCCUCGUGGAUGAUGAUUCAGAAGCAUCGGGCUUUCUGAAAAGACUUUCAGCACAAUUUGCCGAAAGUUUUCAGGGUUACUACCACAUCAUCACUUUUUACGAGCGGUUACUUAGUCCGACCUUGGAGCGUGAUCAAACUGGGGGAUGGUCAAGGACUGGCCGGAGAUGCUUGAUGGUAACGGAACAAUCAGCUGCCAGCACCGGAAUAGUGGCUACAGCCGGCGAAGAUAAAAUCCCAAUCAACGCUGAUCACUCCGGACUCGUCAAGUUCGGCUCUAGAAAUGAUGUUGGAUAUCUCGUAGUCCAAGAGAGACUUAGAGAAUUAGUCGAAGAAACAAAACAAAAGGUUUCUCAAAGAUUUGCUGAGUCUGAUCUAUACUCCCCUAGUUCAGAAACACAUCAAGCUUGCUUAAGGUCUUUAGCCUAUGAGGCUAUGGACAGUCGACUUGAUACUAUUAACGAGGAAUCUGAUGGUACCUGUGAAUGGCUCGCUAGUCAUCAAAACUUCGUCAAAUGGAGGGAGCAACACCGAGGUCUCUUGUGGAUCAAGGGGAAGCCUGGAUCAGGCAAGUCUACUAUUACAAAGUACGCACUUAAGAGACUCUCCAAAGUCUAUGGGCCCGAGACCCAGGUUUUCUCGUUCUUCUUCCAUGCCCGGGGCCACGAGCUACAGAAAUCGCUGAUCGGCUUCUUCCGAUCGAUUUUGCACCAGAUUCUCCAGCGUUUCCCCGGCUCGCUCAAUGAUCUAGUUGAUACUUUUAAUACGAAACGAAUGUCAAUUAGUGAGCCGGGGAAGAAUUGGCACUGGAAUCUGCAACCGCUCCAAGAAUUCCUGAGAUUAGGGCUCCCCAAGAUCCUGACGAGGUUCCCCGUCGUCUUUUUCAUCGAUGCAUUAGAUGAAUGCGGGCAAAGGCCUGCCCUCGACCUGAUCGAGUACUUCCAAAGGAUACUCCAGUGUCUACCUCCAAAGGGUCGCCAAUUUGGGAUUUGCUUCUCUUGCCGCCAUUACCCUAUCAUGCCAGGUAAUGGUGGGUUAGAAGUAGUGUUGGAGAAAGAAAACCAGAGAGAUAUUUGCCUAUUCGUCAAGAGCAGACUUCUCAUGAACAAUGAUCUCAUCGGCAAUGAUAAGGCAAAUGACGAACUCUUCGGUCUGAUUGUUUGGCGUGCGCGAGGAGUCUUCCUGUGGGCUAUGCUGGUUGUGAGAGAAAUUUCGCGAAUGGCAAUUGAAGGCGAGUCGAUGGCUGCAAUGAAAGCUGAAAUAACUCGUAUGCCGUGCGAUUUGAACACAUUUUAUGAGGACCUCGUCAAAAACAGCAAGAAUCAUUCCGCGAUGCUGAACCUAAUCCAAUGGAUCUGUCUCUCCGAAACCCCCUUGAUGAAAAGUGAACUACAGUGGGCUCUAGUUGUUGAUCCAAAAUCUCCACCAAAGUCUGUCGAAGAGUACCUUGCAUCCGAGAAUUUCAUUUCAGACGAUAGGUUCGAGAAAAGGAUUAAGACUCUGAGUUGUGGGCUUGUGGAGAUCCAGGCCUUUUAUAUCCAGUUCAUUCACCAUUCGGUCAAAGAAUUCUUCCUUGGUCAAGGAUUGGCCCUUCUGGCCCAGAGAGAAACAAAGGAGGCUGUUGCAGCUGCACACUCUCGCAUGUCUCUGGUGUGCGUCCAGUACAUGAAUAUAUGCUGCAAUGACCGGGUGGUACGACGUCCCCUACCACCACCCCUGCGUACGUACGCAGCCAGAAACUGGUCAUUCCAUGCGAUUCUUGGUCAGGAUGCGCGGGACUUCCCAAAAGAGUUCCUUGACGCAAUACAAUGGCCAGACGAGGGCCCGCUUCAGAACAUACUGGUGCUGUUGAGGAGCUCAGUCUUUCGAAAUUUCCCUUUGGACACGAGAUUGAUGCAUCUUGUGGCCAGAUUUGACCUGCACAAACUGUGUCUAUUCUUGGCCUCUCCUCCUCUCCUUGGCGAUGCAGUAUCACAUCCAUCUGAGAAAAGUAACUGUCACUGUUCAUCUUUGCUACACAAUGCCGAGGAUGGACAUGGGACGGCCGUACAAAGUCUGCCUAUUAAAAAAGCGUACUUUGACUUGAAGGACCGGAAUGGCCGCACACCACUUUCCUGGGCAGCAGAAUAUGGAUCUCUAGAAGUCGCCAAGCUGCUUCUCAAGACCGGCCAAGUUGACAUUGAAUCAAGGGAUGAGAUUGGCCAGACACCCCUUUCAAGGGCGGCGAAGUAUGGAUCUUUGGAAGUCGCCAGGCUACUUCUUGAUACCGGCCGAGCCGAGGCUGAUUCGAGAGAUGAUACCGGCCGCACACCACUUUCGUGGGCAGUAGAAAAUGGACAACUAGAAGCCGCCAGGCUACUGCUUGAUACCGGUCGGGUUGAGCCCGACUCGAGAGACGACACCGGCCGCUCACCGCUUUCACAUGCAAGAGGGAGGUCUCCGGAAGUCGCUCAGCUACUCAUCAACACCGGGAAAGUCGACGUCGACUCGAGAGACAGCACUGGUCGAACGCCGCUUUCCUGGGUAGCAAAACAUCGGUUUCCGGAAAUCGCCAGGCUACUUCUCGACACCGGUCGAGUGGAUCCCGACUCGAGAGAUUAUACUGGUCGCUCGCCACUCUCCCAUGUAGAAGGCAGGUCUCCAGAAGUCGCUCAGCUACUUAUUCGUACCGGCCGGGUUGACGUCGACUCGAGAGAUGAUACUGGCCGAACGCCGCUUUCAUGGGGAGUGCAGAGACUUUCAGUUUAUGAUGAAGAAGUACCCAAGCUACUUCUCGAUACUGGCAACGUAGAGGUCGACUCGAGGGAUGACGCUGGUCGAACACCUCUGUCGUGGGCCGCGUCGUCGGCAGCUGAUGGGUCAGCCGAGCUGCUCCUUGACACGGGCCGAGCCGAGGCGGACUCGAGAGACAAUGCCGGCCGUACACCUCUCUCGUGGGCCAGUUCGUUGUCAUCCCUUGGGGCGAGACUAGUGAGAACUCUCCUUGAUACUGGCCGGGUCGAGGUUGACUCGAGGGAUGGCACCGGCCGGACGCCUCUGUCAUGGGCUGCAGAAACCUUUCAUCUACAGGGAAAGUUUACUAAUGGGGAGUGGGUCCCAACUUCGUGGACAAUAGCACCCUCCAGGAAUACGGUUCAAAUGCUCCUUGAUACAGGCCGAGCCGAUGUCAACUCGAGAGAUGACACUGGCCGGACACCUCUCUCUUGGGCCGCAGGGUCACCCAAGUCAUUGUUUACAGUCUCGAUGCUCCUCAACACAGGCCGAGUUGAUGUCAACUCGAGAGAUGACAAUGGUCGAACGCCUCUCUGGUGGGCCGCACGGCAUGGGUCGUGGCUCGUGGUCGAGAAGCUCUUCAAUUCAGGCCAGGUCAAGAUUGGAUCAGAACUCCAGAGCUGUGUUCCGGUUGCCGUUCGAUUCAGCAAGGCACGGCGAGAGGAGCUGCUAAAGGUGCUUUCGGCUGAGAGCAAGGGCGAGAGCUCUGGGCACGAGUAG